AUGGAUCGUUAUCUCCGUCAAGCCGCUCGUACAACUACCACGGGCGGUAACGUCGACUCAUGGGCGUGUGUUACAGGCGCGAGCGACGGGAUUGGGCUCGGCUUCGCCGAGGAGUUGCCAUCACGAGGCUUCAACGUUAUUCUACAUGGACGAAAUAAGGAGAAACUGCAAAAGCUUCAGACUACACUUGAGGCACAGUUUCCAGCACGGCAGUUCCAAAUCUUAGUUAUCGACGCAUCGAACCGUGACAGCUGGAGUGCUGCGAUGAAUAAUUUCGUGUCUGAAUUUGAUAAAUCGAAUGCUAGACUGACGGUACUGAUCAACAACGUCGGAGGAGGUGUCAGUGGGCAUUAUUUGUUUGAGCCCAUGGCGAAACGAACUCCCCAAGCUGUUCAAGCCAUGAUUGAUGUCAACACAACUUUCCCAGCGCUUUUCACGCAUUCAUUACUUCCUCUUCUUAUCCGAAGCCAACCGUCCCUGAUUCUCAGCCUGGGGUCAGCUGCAAGUGUAUUCCCUCCGCCAUAUCUUGGGCUAUACGCUGGCUCGAAAGCCUUCAUCCUGGCCUGGAGCGAAAGCCUGGCAAGGGAAAUGGAACUUGAAGGAAUAGAUAUCGAAGUCAAGGGAAUCAUGCUUGCUCGAGUCCAGUCGGCUGUCAACAGAGGUAGAGUAUUUGACAAAUUCUCAGUUCCCACCGGGAGGGUAUUUGCUUGCGCAACCUUGAACAAGGUCGGAAGUGGAGCACUAGUUGUGACCCCAUACUGGGCCCACGCUUUACAAAUGUUGUUCAUUAAGAUCACCCCAACCUGGAUACUCUCCAAGAUGAUAAAUACGGGUACAGCAGAAGAAAUGAGGUGGGAACGAAGAGAGGAACAAGACCAGCAUUGA